GCGCGGCGCUCAGGGACGCAGCGUCGGUUGUCAGCCGAACCCGGAAUUCUCCGCUGCCUCUGCGCCGCGCGGCCUAGUUGUCGUCUACCGCGGAAGGGCCGCGGGGGCUGCGCCGCGACACUGAGGGGAACGUUCUCGCAUUCCGAGGCGACGGCCCGAGCGGACUGGGCCGGGGGUCCACGCGCUCUCACGCUCCCGCCGCAGCUGACGCCUCCGGGGCCGCGGGCCGUCAGGCCGGGCCCCCGCGUGCUGCAAGGGAGCCGAAGGCCUUGCCAGUCUUGGGAGGGGAGCUGAGGUGCCCGUCCGGCCUGCGACCACCCUGCCCAGCCGGGCGGAGCCCGCACGCAUCUUGCUGACGGGGUGGGGGGAAGGGACGGGGUCGUCGUCCCGUAGGUCUACAGCGGGCGCAAGACCUAAUGACAGCUUCCCCCUCAGAGAGUCUGGGGGGCGGUGCGGGCCUCGCAGAGCUUGGAGAGAAGGCAGUUUUGUCCAAAAGCCCCUCCCUCCCUUCUCUAAGCAUCCCAGACUCUGCGCUUCAGUGGCCAGAAAGUUGCAAUUCUCCUCAUUCAGUCAGAAAACUGCAAGUGCGACUCCCAGAGGCCGGGCUGUUAACUGCCACAGCUGCUCGAGCGGGCGGAGAGUCGGAGGGCGAGGGGAGCCCGGGGUCCGGAGGGCGCUCUGAAUGCGUCAGGAGGAGCCCGCCGGGAAGGCCCUCGUGUUAGGGAAGGCGUGGGCGGCGGCUGUUCGGAAUCUGUUCACGGCUGUUCAUAGUCACAAGUAUUGAUUUUUAAUUAAACGGAGAAAACAAGAUGAUUAUGAAUUCUCAUUACUAAAUAAGCUAAUUUUUUAGUUUUUCCAGGGGCUCUGUUAUUUGUGACCACAAUGAAAAAUGCAGACAGUGAUGAUCUGAUUACUAACAAACUUCCCUCGCUCAAGAGCUCGAAAGAAUGGUUGGACCCCCAGCCACUUUCUUUUACGCAGACAUUAGCUGAAGAAGAUAUUGAUGCAGCUAUUCAAUCAAUAUUAUAUAGAGAAAACUACAUGAUUAAGGAACUAGAUAAGUAUUUACAACAUCAUAACUUCUUAAAUGCAAGAAGAAAAGAGAUAUUAUAUAAAAGAUGGGUUGACCAUGUGGCAGAUCCUCUCCAGAAGAAAAUUAUAGAAAAAGUUUGUUCACAUAAGAAGAUUAAGAAAAGGAGACAAGAGGAAUUAGAUGGUUUUUUAAAACAUGUAAAUAAAAAGGGAAAUGCAUUUAUAGAGCAUUAUGAUCCAAAAGAGUAUGAUCCUUUUUAUACAAGAAAAGAGGACCCAAAUUUUCUGAAGGCAUUAGCUAGAGAAGACAUUGAUGAAGCUGUACAUGCAAUAUUAUUUAGAGAAAAUUAUGUUGUGAAGGAAAGAAGAAAGGAGAUGUUACAUAAAAAAUGGAUUCAAAAUGUUGCAGAGCCUCUUCAGCAGAGAAUUAUGGAAAAAGUAAUUUCAUACAGAGGGUUGGAAAAAACGAAGCAAGAGAAUUUUGAAUAUUUUUUAAAGCACGCAAAUAAAACGGAAAUGAUUGGAGACCUGUGUGAUCCUGAGGUAUACAAUCCUUUUUAUAUGAUGAAAAAGGACCCAAAUUAUGGAAAGGUUACAGUCCCACCGUUUUAUGAUCCUCUGUUUAGAAGACAGCAAGAGAUGGAUGAAGAGAAGAGAGCUAUUUUUCAAUACAAGACAGGAAAACGAUAUACCUUAAAAGAAUUUAAAGAACUAGAGAAGGCCAGGCUGUAUGCCAAAUUGCCACAGUUCACUUUCACUCUGCACAGUGUGAUUCCAAAAGAACGGCACAAAGCCUCUGCGAGACCUGCGAGAGGGAGGGCCCGUGGGGGAUGCAGUCCUGAAAAGCUUAUCUGUGCAGAAAAGAAAUAUCUGUCUGAUAAAGAGAAAAAGACCACCGACCUAAGUCAGGUUGUUUUUGAAAGGCAGUUUCAUUGCUCGAAGCUCAGCCAGGGGAAUAACAGGAAGGAAAAGAAGGAUCUGGUUUUAGGAACCAGAAGGAACAGACCCCAAUCCUGGGCAGCUGGAGAAGGCCGGCACAGAAGGGGGCCCCAGCCUAUGGAGAGAAGAGUGAUGACAGCAGAGGUCCUGGCGCAGCACCUGGCUGCCCUGCAGCUGGGGCUCCAGCGGGACAGCCGGAACUGCAUCAGCUGUGAGGAGGCGUCUGUAAUAAAGCUUCGCUGAACCUGAGUUUGCAGUGUCUAUACAACAGUUAAAAUACUCCCAACAUGUUUUCUCUCUCCAGAAGUGGAAAGAUAUUGCAAGAAAUAUCCAGAUAAUAAUAGUUGCUGUUUAUCGAGCACCUGCUGUGAACCAGGAACUGCGUGAGGUAUCUUAUAUUCAUUUAAAGGUUUUUCACAGCAAGAUAGUAUUUCUCUCAAAACAUGAAGCUCAGAGAGGUUCAGUGGCUUGCUCAAGGUCAAUUGCAUGGCUUGAAAGUGCAGUGUUCUGUUCCAAGUCCAGUCCCUCUGGUCCCAAAGCACACGUUCAUUCUCUCUGCUCACCUCCACCCAGACUUGGUGAUGUCAGUCACGCUGCUCAGAAUUUGGGUCCUCUUUCUGAGACCGGACUUAGCCCGCUCACCUGCCUCGGCACCCUCACCCUGACGAGCGCCGAAGGGGCUCGCUGGGCCUUCCUCACGGCUGCUCAGUCCUUCCCUGUGGAUGUGUGAGUAUUCUCAGGGUGCAUCCUCCUCUCCCCUCCCCAUGCCCUUCAGAAAAUCAGGAGAGAACUUGAUUUCUUAAGGGCAGAGCUGCGUUCCUAGGGCAGAGGGGGUGACUGAAGUUGCUGGGGGUGCUGACAUUGAGUUUCCUCUAUAGUUUUGUAGAAGUCUGACUCACAUCCCCCAGGCUCCUCUGUCCUAACUCUGAAAAGAGUCUGAUGUAUCUAGACGUAGAGAAAUGGCACGAGCCACAGUUCAUCCCAGCGAGAGGUCAAGUCCCCACUGUCCUGGGGAAAGGGUUAUUCUGUAGCUAUGGUCACAAAUAACCCCAGAGCUGGCUUUAGACCUGCCUGACGCAUCAGUAACAGCCUGUUGCUUUGGAAGUCAGCCAGUCAGAGGCAGCGUUGUUGGACAUCACCCUACAUCUGCCUCCAUAACCAACACAAAAUUCGUUUCCCAAACCCUACAGAAGAUCAGCAGUUUGCUUUACUCAGCAAGGCCGUGCCUGAGCAGCCAAACUUUCCCUUAAUUAAGCAACAGAGUCAGUUUUGGUUUCGGAUACUGAGUGGUGUCUUCCUUCAACACAGGCAUACUUCUCUUAUGUGUAUGUUGUAACCAAUCCAGGCCCAGGAUCAACGCCUGAAAUGAUUAAGUGAUGGGUUUUUAAAAAUAUGAAUAUUCUGAA